AUGGCGUCGGUGCCAGCGGCCAACCUCCGGCGGAAUGGGGCGCAAAAGUCGUGUGAGCGCUGCCGCAAGAUGAAAGUGCGCUGCGACCAUGGAAUGCCCAAGUGUAGCCGCUGUGCCGCGAAGCAUCUCGAGUGUGUGUACGAGGCAGCUCCCAUGACGCGCCACUUUCGGCCCGCUCGUUUUGAUGCCAGCUCCGGCCGCCUGCGCACGACAAUGCGGGCCUAUGGGGUGUCCGGCCGUCCAGGUUCCGUGGCACGGCGGCAAAGCCAGAGCCAGAGCCAGAGCCAAGGCCGAAGCAGCCAGCUGAGCCAGGGCCAAAGUCACAGCCCAACAGGGCAAACACCACGCAUAUUGGAAUCAUUGGAUAAUACACCGCCAGGCGGGCCUGGGCCCCCUACCCCGACGCCUGCUGCAACGCAGCCCGUCGAGAUCACCAUUUCACCUGACGAGAUCGGUGGCUUUGCCGGCCCAGGAAGUUAUCACAGCUUGACAGCCCAUGACGGUUCCAUGCCGCAGACCUCGUCCGACUACCCCGGAGCCGCCGGGUCUCCCGGGACAACCACCCACUCCAUCGACCGCAAGCGCUUGGAUCUCGGCUUGCAGAUCCUUGACUUCGUCCAUGAGUACCGUGUCCUGCUGCGGAACCUCAUGCUCCACAUCUACCGCGUCAUCCGCAUGCCCGUCGUCCCCCACAAGGUAAUGCUCCCGGCCGUCGAUUCACUCUGCCGCUUGAUCGACCAUGAGGUUGCCGCCAACGACGCGAACCACGACGACGAUGCCAAGCUACGCACCGUCAUCCACCUCUUCCAGAGCUCGUACCAGGCCAUCCCGGGUACCAAGCUCACAACACCCAGCCAAGUAGGGCAGUCCAUUGCUGGCGAGAACCUGCGAUGGGAGACCAUAGGAAACAUGAUCGCCAUGGCCAGUCUGUGUCUGGUCCACAUACAUGAUCGCGACCUCGCCCUGUUGGAUCCGGAGAAGCGGAGCAAGAACGAUCUCAUCCCACCGUUUAACAGCAGUACAGACGGCAUCAUGACCCUGACCAGCGCGUCACCCGUGGUCAACGAGUUGCUGGUCUGUCUAAAGUACAACCACCUCCUGUUGGCUUUUCAUCGAUUUGGUGACUCAAGUCAUCACGUGUACUCGAUCUUUAUGGAGCUCGCGUCGUCCGUCUAUGCAACUGGCAUGCAUCAAGACCGCACGGUCAGUUCCGGGCCGGCAGACCACCCUGGAUUCAUGCAUCAGUGGCGGCGACGGUGCUUCACAGCCAUCUUCUCCUUGGAUAAGACCGUCGCAACCAUCCUGGGCCGCCCACCCAUAAUCCAUCGGCAUUAUUGCGUCCUGGAUGCCCCUCUUGACCUGGAAGACGACGACCUGACGGGGCCCCAGUGCGAGCACGAGCUCCAGAAACUGGACCAGAACGGGUGGAACACGGACGGACGUCGCCGGUCGACGAGCUAUAUGCGUCUUCGGUAUCUGCUGGCCAUGCUUCGCGAGGAGGCCCUGGAACUGCUGCUGGGCAGCAGCGUUGGCCCUCCAGAUAGAGCCCAAGCCGUCCUGCAGAGGCUGCGAGCAAUGUGGGACAGCUGCCCCAGCAACAUGAAGUAUUCCUCGGCUGUUACGAGCAGCGCCGCAUUGAGCCCGCACGACACGUGGUUCCUUCUUGGGUUUUACAUUGACUACCUGUACUCCACCUUCUUGGUGUUUCGUUCCAAGGCCCAACAGGAUCAGAGCCCGGAGACCCUCGAGAUGCUUUUGUUUGCGGCCAAGGACGUCUUGUCGACCGUCUUAAUUUUCAACGAGCAGCGGGAACUCCUGCGGGAGGUCCGCAGCGACUUUUCAGCCGUCUUUCUACCCUACGGCCUCCCAUGCGCCGAUGUUCUCGCGACGGAGCUGCUCCGGCGCUCUGUACCCUUCCAUUACCCGGUGGGUGGUGCGGGGAGCGCAGGACCUCACCUGCCCCGUUCCGAGGUGAUCCGCGAGCUGACCGUCUACGUCUCGUGCCUGGGUUGGGUACCGCGCCGUGGCAGCCACAACUCAAAAUUCUGCAAAGAGGUGCAGGCCCGCCUGACCCGUGUCCUGGACCAGAUCAUUGACGCGCCGCUUGCACCACCCCAAGCCGAGGAGACGCUGCCCGACGUCCGCGACCAGGAAGGCGACAGCGGCCAGAGCCACGCCAUGUUGGGGUACCCGGGCCAAGCGGCCUCGAACCUCAACCCCUUCUUGAUAGACCUGGAGACGGGCAUGUUUCUGGACUCGCAGCUGGAUCUCUUCUCCCAGGCUCUGCUGUGA